AUGCCAGCAGCUUCGUGGACUACCAAAGCGCAGUAUACAUGGCUCCAAGAACAAAUGCCAGAGUACAUGCAGCAAAGCACCGGGGACAAGGACUACUCCUGCUUCUGGCCCGGCAUACACAAAUAUUGGUUCAAAACAUGGCCAGAGCGCAAUAUUCUGUUCCCCGACAUCCCUGGUGACGUGUCGCUCACUGUUGAGCAGACGAAACAAGAAGUUAAAGCUGAAGAGCAACGUAAAGUUCAACUGGCAACCUGGUUCCGUUGGCGGGCGGGUUCAUCCAAAAAGAAUCGCGGCUUGAAGAAGGAACAGACUGUCUUUGAUGCCGCCCUGCGACUGAAGACGCGUGCAAAGUCUGUCGAAGAGAUCUAUAUGGGCAUGGUCUACGACGAGCAGAUCAAACCCCUGGUCAAGGCCGAACAAGAAGCGGGCAAUGUGACUACUUCUGGUCACCGCAUGGCAUUGGGUCGAAGGUUCUCCAAGGAGCUCUUAGAAGAUGAGUCGGACGAGGUUAAGAAGGAGGUUAGAAAGAGGUACGACAAGCAGAUAAAAGGUAGCAAGGGAAAGGGUGACAUACUGGAUGACGAAGAUGAUGAUAACGAUGAAAGUGAUCCUGAUGCCAUCGCAAAAGGUAUUGACGAAUUGCCAAUCAUAUGCCAGCGCUUUGCACGCCUCGUCAAAAAACAAACUCAAUUCAUUGUGUCCUUCAUGUGCGCCGGACCUGACCCAAGGCAUAAUCAGAACAUAGUUACUUUAUCGUGCCAUCCAUCAGAAACCUCUGGUGGGCGCAAUUUUGCCCACUUGUACCCUGAUGAGGACUAUGCCUUCCUCGGUGCGUACCAGGAAUUUGCAGAAUCAAUAUUCUCUACCACGAACGUCGGAGAUGGCAACAGGAGUGAGGAACUCGAAGAGUAUGGUAGCGGCGAAGAGGAUGAAAGUGGCGAAGAGGAUGAAAGCAGAGAGGAGAACGAAGGAGGUACUGAUACCAUGAGCUGGGAUAACCCCGGCCUUUAUACGAUUUUGCAGACACCUGAUGCAUCAACCGGACCUGAUGCAUCAACCGGACCUGAUGCAUCAACGACAACUGAUGCAUCAAUGGCAGGCACCGUGGCGCUGGCACCGGCUGGCUUCACUGAUGCAUCACUUCAGCUUACGGGACCAUUCUACUCUCAGUCCCAAUAUCCUGAUUGGUCACUGGAUUUGCACAGUGUUAUGAUGCCUCAAGCUAGUGCGCCUCUCGGCUCAAUUGAACCAUUCGAGGCCCGAUUUUUACAGCCCGGUCUUAUGGCUACGGGAUAUCUUGGUAGCAGUACCGUGCAGAACACAUCAUUCAGCUCACCAGCUUCUUUGGGAUUCUCGCUUGCUGACACCAUGCACGGGUGGAAUUUCAACAAUGACAAUCUUCAUUCGACAGGGUGGGAGACAUCUAGUCUGUCUUCUUCGUUGACCUCUCCAACCUCCGCUGAGCGCAGUACCACGAGCCCUAGCCUUGACGAGCACCUUCCUCAAUUUACUUAUCAGCUUCCCACCCUUCCAGCUGCCAACCCCCCUUCUCCGACUGAGACCGCACAACCUGCUGAAGUUCCCGAUUCACAGGCUGGUACCGGACGUGCUAAGUCCAAGCGCAAGUCCAAGUCGAAACUUCCUACAACCAAGUCUCUCACAGCACACACCGACAAGCCUCGCUCUGCCGCCAAAUUUAUCACAGACACUCCCACUGUUACGGCCACACCCACUACAGCAAAACUCACUCCCCUGGUCAAUUCUACUGAGCAUAUCCCUGUGAUCACGCUUGCGAACGCUGCCAAACCCAAGGCCAAACCCAAACCCAAACCCAAACCCAAACCCAAGGCACAUCCUGUUAGUACCAAGUCUAGUGCAGUAAUGGAGACAACACACGUCGCUGCAGAUGAUGAAGGUAACGCGUUGGGUGAUUCGAUUACUAUCAAUAAUAUCGUGCAAAAAGCUACUGCGAGUCAGAUUGGAGCGGCACGUGUAUCGAAGCGCAUUCCAAUCAAAUCCAGGCGGAAUGAUAUUGCUGACGCAAUCGGGUCAGAUGGCAUGACAUUCGUUGGUAUUGGUAGCAAGGAAAAUCCAAGUGUUUUGGAGGAGGUUGGGGGAACAUCAUCGAAGCGUACUGCUGACUCGACUGCAGAAGAAACAGGAAAAGACGAACGAAGGCGUGAGCCGACUGGCUUUAUGUUGGCUCCAUGA